ACUUGUUUUGUACACAAUGUAAUGUAAUUGUAAAUUCAUUUCAUUAUUUCGCCGAUCUUUAAUGGAGUCGGCAGUGUAUGCGCGCGGAGUAACUUUACUUAACUUAAAGAUGUUGCGAAAAGAUCUGGAAAUAGCACUCAUGCCAGCAGGCUGUGCAAUAGCUUUUCCUAAGAGGUAUGAAAGACACAACAAAGUUUUGGAGAACGAAUACAAUUCAGACAUUACCCUUGGUAUCGGUGCACUCCAAGUCUGCCCUUCAGGUUGGGAUGUGGCCCUCAACGAACUACCUAAGAGUAAGGUACGCACUGAUCCUCGUUCUAUGUCAAAAUGCAGAAAACGUUACAAAAGUCCUAGUUUAGUAUUGGACAAUGGUCAGGAGGAUCCGAAUAAGAAGAAGAAGUACGAUGAUUCGGUGGAAAAGAGUCAGGAGUCCCGGAUAUUCAGAAACAGCCGGAUGAAAAAGUUUAAGAAAAAGAAACUGGCAAAGGAUGAUGAGACAGUUGACUCCGCCAUGAGUCCUGAUAAGGAAAAAAUAAAAUUGAAGCGAAAGGCAGAAAAAUGUUGCCCACAUGCAGCUGAAGAAACCAUUGGCUUUAUUGAUGUUCAGAAUGAUGAUAAAAAAGUCAACAACCCAUCUAAGAAGCGUCGUUCAAGGCAGACCAGGAAAAAUAAAGAAAAAAAAUCCCGUGAGGAAAGAUCUUUGGAAGAUGACUUAAUGUUUGAGUUACAAAACUUUCACAUCGGAUCAAAUUCAAACAUUUCAACUGAGACACAGUCGGCUGCUCCAAAAAAUCUAAAGGGAAAGCACAGGAAUGCAACACAAACAACUGGUUCGGACAUCUUGGAUGUGAAUCGGAGCACUCUGAACUUAAAAAAGCUGGUUAAGUGGACAAAGAGGCGCUGGAACAAAGAUCAGAAGGGUGCAACGCUGGCUAGCAGCCUGUACUUGGUUGAGGUCCACAACCUGCCGGCUGUCAUGAGUUUGGUGUUCCAGGCGCCACUGUUCGAAGUAUUUGAGAAGUACGGGCGCAUCAAACGCAUUGGGCCUGCUAUAAUGCACCCAUCUGCGGAGGGCGAGUGUACAUUCAGCACCACCAUCUGCUUUGAGACGGAGACUGCUGCUACUAAGGCUCUCGAAGAAGACCACACACGCUUCGGCGGCUCCGAGAUCCGGGUGCUCCGCCCCUCCACUGUCGACCGUUGCAACAUGCCCGAGGAUAUUGGCGAGUCCGGUGGCCCCGGGCCCGAGUGCCGCGGUAGUAUGGCCGUGACGGUUUUCGAGCAGGACGGGCCGACGGCCACGCACCGCGCUCUGGCCUUGUCCGGGAAAACCAUAAUCAACUGCGAACCUUCACCGGUUAGCCAGUUACGAUUAAGAAAAAUAUACUAUAUCAGUUAUACUUUAACAUCUAGAAAAACCUAAAAACGCACCUCUUCCAACUUUUUAAUUUCAAAGAUCAUUUAAACGUAGGUACGGAUUAUUUUUGAAUAUCCGUAUGAUGUGUGCUAUUUUGUUUAGAAUUGUUAUUGGUUUUAGAAAUACCGACGUCGAAUUUGUUAUUUUCUUUCGUAUUGUUGUUGUUAAUAAAUUGAUUAGAAUUAAAGGGAUGUUUAACGCAAGACUCAUUCAAGACGAUUUUUAGGGAUCAGUUUUUACCUACCUCGUUAUUUUUUAGGUACUUACUUAUUUUGUGAUUAGGUACGUGAACGAUUUUUUUCGUGUGCAUAACUAUUAUUGCUAUUGCAAUAAUAGUCUUUUUCAAUUAUAUAUUAUAACUUGCCAUUUAAAAGAGUAUGGAAGGAGCACGUUUCGCAUUCAGAAUUAGAAUAUUAUUUCUUUACGUUUUGAUUUCUUCAUUUAUCUUGCUACUAUUUUAUUUUAGGUCUCAAAUGGAUCUACACAUUUUCGGCAACGUACGCGUAAAAAUACCUAAAUCUCUUCAUAAAAAAUGUUAGCAAGUCCAUUAGCCUCAGAACCUGCAAAACAACCGCCAGAUAUUCUCGAAAAAAAAAAUUUAAUAUAAAAUAUAGAACAAUCUAAAGUAAAAACUGUGUGAGGAAAAAAUGGUAGCUUUAUUUUACUGGACAAUAAUCAUAAUAGUAAUUUACGUAUAUUUUUUAUAUUUCACCUAUCAAACAAUAAAGAUAACUAUAACUAUACCCUAAAAUCUAAUUUAAUUGAAUUUGCUCCUUAAUAAGGCUCUGGUGCACCGUUGGAUUUAAGGUAAUGGAAAAGGAAGAGAAUAAAAGAUUGAAAAUGUGAUCCUAGUUACUUGCAAAUGAACAAUAAUGUUAUAUUGAUUGAAAUAAGUAUUAAUUGUAUUAGUAUAAGUAGGUGUCGUAUGUGUGAUCUCUAUGCUAUAUUCAGAUCUUAACGAUCAUUAGUUACCAAUUAGUUUAUGUACCAAAAAAUUAGGAAAUCGCUAUAUUUCCACCUUUAACACUUGGUCUUUGGAACAGGGUUCUCAAUUCAAUACUUUACUAUUGUUGAUGGUAUCCCCCUAAAUAAUAAUCAAAUAUUCUAAAUUAUUAAGACUUCAGUAUACGAUAAGAUGUAAUCGUGUCACAUAUUAUGUAAUUUAUGUAGCUACGUAGUACACAAUAAAGUAGAUUGUCUUAGAUUUAUAUUUAGCAGGUUAUUUUUUUGAGUAAAAAAUAAUCUGAUCUAUUAAUUCUAUUGUACUACAUGUGUGUGUACACAUUUUGUUAUGUAUAUUAAUAUUAUAACGAAGCCUUCGCGGUGGAUCCUGAAGGUAUGCUGUUAUUAUUAUGUUUUUUUUUUUAUAAUAAACUUUUCCAUUAAACUACACAGUCGUGUGGAGUUGACUACAGGUAUUUACUUUUUAUUUUGCCACUUAUAUUUUUAUUUUUUUAUUUUAGCGUCCGAACAUCGGAUAAGCCUAAGUUGAGGGCUAACGCGUAUGAAUUCGCCGCUAGGGGCGCUAGUGUAGAUGGUGGUCUUUUCCAUAGUUCGAAAUGUCACUUGUCACUUAAAUGACUGACAGCUGUUCUUUAGUCUUUUGGACCACCAUCAACAGAGGCGCCAACUGGUGAGCAAAAAAACGAUAGCCCUCAUUAUCAAUAGUCAAUUGUCUAUUACUUUUUAUACAUGUUUAGCAUUAGUACAUAAUAUAUGCAAAUGGUUAAGACCAUCUACACCGGACGACGAGAGAUCGAAUUUACUUAUUUUAUUCGCGAAGCGAACAAAUUGGUGCAAUGGAAAUAUAUCCUUCCUCGUCUGAGUAACUUUAAGUACACGUCUCAAAGAUAACCCAAUAACGUAGAAACUAUAUGUGAUGAUUGUGAUUAAAUUAAGCCAUUAACUUUAAACAAAUAGCUGUUAUACACUUAUGCUACGUCAUAUUUGAUAAUUAGUUUGGCUAACCAUUGCUGGUACUAAAAAAAAGGAAAUUAAAAAAAUGCGUAAAUGCGUUCCCGCCUUAUUCUAGUGUCAGCAAAUGAUGUCAAGACUAGCAUCUCACAUCGAUAAUGACGAGCACACAUAUGUGGCCAACGUAGGCCAA